UAUAUAUAACUCAUACGAUUUCGUUCUAAUGGAUGAAUGUAUAGUAUCGAAUUACCGCAACAUAAUUAAAUGGGAACUUUCGGAGGCCAUGUCCUUCCCGGCUCUUUCUUUCUUUGCUUUGGUUUCUGGUACACUUUAAAAUAUAUCUGGAACUUUCUCAGAAAGAAAACCAACAGAACAGCCCCGUUUUGUCGCUGUUGUGGAAUACAAUGUCAUGUUAUAGUGGUGGAGGGAAUUAUAAAGAUAAUUUUUACAACUCUGGGCAUUAUACUGGAAUUGUUUUUUACUGGGCCUCCGCGUGGAAGUCUGUAUGAUCACAAUGGUGGAUUCACUCAUGCAAAUAACUGGCAACACGCAACCAUGUAUUUCUUCUUUGGGAUUUCAGGAGUGGCUGAUAUUGUAUCACAUACUGCACGACAUGUAGUACCAGCAGGAUUGGAUCGUUUAUUUGGUGGAUUGGCUUUGUUCAUUGAAGGUUAUUUAUUCUUUUUUCAUCUACACGGUCGAUCACAUAUUGACAAAAGAGUUCAUAUUUUGCUGGUGUUAACAGUCUGGCCAUCAGCGCUGUUUGCAUUUAUUGAGUGCCUUGUAAUGAACAAACGUAAAUUACUUCAUAUAUUUGAAAUGCUGCACACUGUGUUGCUUAUCGCUCAAGGAACUUGGUUCUUGCAGGCAGCCUAUAUUCUGUUCCCACCUAAUGGAAAUUCAUUUGAAGAUACACAAGUAAACCUCAUGUUUAUCACUCUCUUCUGGUCAUGGCAUAUUGCUGCUGUGUUUGGAUUCGUCAGUCUUGUAUACUUCCUUAUUUACAAGUUGUUGAAAAGUAGAGGCCUACUUGAUCCACAGUUUAUGCAAAGUUACAAAAACAUGAACAUUGGAACUUCACUUGGUUCAUCAACUCCACUUAACGGAGCCCUACUAUCCGAAUGUUCCGAAGAUGAAUUAUAACAUUUCUGUGCCAAAUUAUCGAACUGUUUUAAAGAAUCUAUAAACAUACAUUUUUACUUCCGUUCCUAUCCGAAUAUUCAUGCCAUAUGUGUCUACAGUAAGAUUUUGUACCACUUUUUAAUGUUUACCUUUUUUUUACAAGUUAGAAUAGAUAAAACUUGAGAGGACUGUAAUCCUAGUUGUAAAAAAAUUAAAACUUGCUACAACUUU